GAAUUGACAUUCAAGGAUGUGUCCAUAGACUUCUCCCAGGAAGAAUGGGAAUGCCUAGAUUCUGCUCAGAGGGCUUUGUACAGUGAAGUGAUGUUGGAGAACUACCACAAUCUGGUUUUCCUUGAAUGUGGAAAAGGUUUCACUGUGAAACGGACAAAUCUUAGAAGACAUCAGCAAAUACAUACUGGAGAGAAAUCGUAAAUAUGUGAAGAAGGUGGAAAGUCUCUUAUUGAGAUGUCAGUUCUUACAGUAUGUAAGCGAAUACAUACUGGAGAGAAACCCUACAGAUGUGAAGAAUGUGGCAAGUCCUUUUGUCAAAUAUCACAUCUGAGAGCACAUCAGCAAAUACACACUGGAGAGAAACACUACAGAUGUGAAGAAUGUGGCAAGUCCUUUUCUCAAACGUCAGGUCUUAGAAUACAUCAGCGAUUACAUACUGGAGAGAAACCCUACAGAUGUGAAGAAUGUGGCAAGUCCUUUAGAUGUAUAUCAAAUUUUAGAACACAUCAGCGAUUACAUACUGGAGAGAAACCCUACAGGUGUGAAGAAUGUGGCAAGUCCUUUAGUCAAAUGUCAGAUCUUAGAGUACAUCAGCGAUUACAUACUGGAGAGAAACCCUACAGAUGUGAAGAAUGUGGCAAGUCCUUUAGAUGUAUAUCAAAUUUUAGAACACAUCAGCGAAUACAUACUGGAGAGAAACCCUACAGAUGUCACAAAUGUGGCAAGUCCUUUUCUCAAACGUCAGGUCUUAGAAUACAUCAGCGAUUACAUACUGGAGAGAAACCCUACAGAUGUGAAGAAUGUGGCAAGUCCUUUAGAUGUAUAUCAAAUUUUAGAACACAUCAGCGAAUACAUACUGGAGAGAAACCCUACAGGUGUGAAGAAUGUGGCAAGUCCUUUGGUCAAAUAUCACAUCUGAGAACACAUCAGCGAAUACAUACUGGAGAGAAACCCUACAGUUGUGAAGAAUGUGGCAAGUCCUUUUCUCAAACGUCAAAUUUUAGAACACAUCAGCGAUUACAUACUGGAGAGAAACCCUACAGGUGUGAAGAAUGUGGCAAGUCCUUUAGUCAAAUGUCACAUCUGAGAGCACAUCAGCGAAUACAUACUGGAGAGAAACCAUACAGAUGUAAAGAAUGUGGCAAGUCCUUUUGUCAAAUGUCACAUCUGAGAGCACACCAGCAGAUACAUACUAGAGAGAAACCCUAG